CCUGCACUGCAUUUAAGAAAGAGUCAUUGUGUCAGAAUGUCUGCUGGAAACCAGUCAAAGUUUAAACUGUUCCCUCAGAGACAUGAAACUUCACUCUCAGCAACAAGAUCUCUUUAGAACGACUUCAUCGUUUUACAACACUGAUAUGACACAGAGAGAAGCAGCCAAUCAGAGGACCAGCUGCUGAUAUUUGUCUUAUUUUCCAGGAGAAAUGAUGUGAGGGAUGAAUGAGUGAUGAUGUGCUGAUGAAUGAUUGGACUGCUGCUCUCAGUGUUUCCUCUCCAGAUGAAGAUGUGGACUCUGCUAUGAGUCAGUGUGAGGACAGAGAGGAGGGAGUCCCUCCCUCUAAAACCACUCUGUGGGGGGAACAUGACAGCCAGACCAAAGCUCAGAGCCCAGAGAAGCAGCACAGACCUGGACCUGGACCAAGCUGUGUGUCCUUCAAGAGUGACCGGUCAAAGAAUGAUGGUGCUAAUUUUAAACGACAAGACAAAAUGAUCCAUCAGAGACCAGAAUGUCUUGAAGCUGAACCCAGCUGUGUGUCCAUGAAGAGUGACGAGUCUAUGGGUGAACCUCUAGUCUUCAAAGAUGGAUGCCACUGUGUUUAUCAAAGGAGGAAUCUGGAAGAACUUGAACCCAGCUGUGUGUCCAUGAAGAGUGACAGGUCUAUGGGACUUCCUUUAGAGUUCAAAGAUGGAAGCCACUCUGUUGAUCAAAAGAUCCACCAGAGACCAGACUGUCCUGAAGCUGAACCCAGCUGUGUGUCCAUGAAGAGUGACGAGUCUAUGGGUGAACCUCUAGUCUUCAAAGAUGGACGCCACUCUGAUGAUCAAAGGUGAGGAUUUCAAACUGAAAAUCAGCAGGACUAGUAAAGGUUUACCACUACAGGCAGUCCUCUGAUUCACUGUUAACAUCCAAUUAUCACCUCAUGGACCUUUACCUUGUGUUUGUCUCUGUGGGGACGACAUAAUGUGAGCUAAUUCUUGUGUGGAGUGGACCAGGAGAGCUCAGAGGUUCCCAGUCUGCCCAGCAGCAUCAAACACACCUAGACUCCAUAUUUAUGCUGCUGGAGGAGGACAUCUGCACUUUUGUGAAGAAUGAGCUGAAGAAGAUCCAGAAG